AUGGAUGAAGACUUUAAAACGCAGGCUCUUGACUCUGCUCUUCAAAGUCCGUCAGAGACAUUACUUUCCAUUCGACUGUUAGACUUUAAAACAAGUUUAUUGGAGGCAAUAGAAGAACUGCGUAUAAGAAGGGAAACAGAGAUUAAUUAUGAAGAUCAAAUAAGUAAAAUUGUUGUAGAGAAACAGGAGCUUGAGUGGCAGAAGGAAACUCUGCAGCAUCAGAUGGACACAUUGCACCAACAAAACAAAGAAGCUAUGGCAGCUUUUAAAAAACAGUUACAGGCAAGGAUGUUUGCCAUGGAAGAAGAAAAGGGAAAAUAUCAACUUGCUGUAGAAACAAAAGAAAAAGAAAUUGAUGGACUGAAAGAAGCAUUAAAAGCAUUACAGAUUUCAAAAUACACUUUACAAAAGAAACUGAAUGAAAUGGAUCAAAAAUUACAGAUGCAUUUAACAGCAAAAGAGGAGCAUCAUAACAAACUGAAUGAAGUUGAGAGGUGUUACGCUACUAUUGCAUGUCAGUUUGGAAUCAUCAAAGGUGUUCAUGGAAAACUAGAGCACAGUGUACAAGAAGCGAUACAGCUCAAUAAGAAACUAACAUCAAUGAAUAAAAGACAAGAGACCGAAAUAAGUAAUCUGAAAGAAGAACUGAAGAAAGUAACUACAGACUUGAUAAGGUCCAAGGUCACAUCUCAGUACAGGGUGGGAGAAGAAAACAUCAAUCUUGCAGCAAAGGAAAAACAGUUUCAAGAACUGCAACAAAAAAUCAGAAUGGUGACAGCAGUUAGUAAAAAAGUUCAAGAAGAAAACACUCACAUUAAAGAAGAAAAGCUGGAAAUUCUCAGCUCUCUACAAUGUGUGCAGGAGCUGCUUCAGCGAAUAACCCAAGCGAAUGUUAGAAUGGAAAGUGAAUUAAAUGCACUGAAAGAAGAAUAUCAGACCCUUGAAAGAGAUAAUGAGCUGCAAAGGGAGAAGGCAAAGGAAAAUGAAGAAAAGUUCCUUAAUCUUCAGAAUGAGCAUGAGAAAGCACUAAGAACUUGGAAAAAAGAUGAGGAAAAUAUGAGAAGAGAGAUAGACACUAUUAAAAAUGAGCUGAAUUCCCUUAAAGGAGUUUGUACACAUCUUGGAGAUUAUCAUCCUCCUCAGGGAAAUCAGCAUUCUGAGCAAGUGGAAAAUCUGCAGAGUGGUCAAGAACACUCAAAAGCCAGUGAAGUACAGGCUAUUCAGAAAGCAAAUGAGUGUAUGCAGUCUAUAGUAAGAAAAGCCUGUAAUUUUGGACAUGAUGAAGAAACUGAAGUAAAGAACAAAAUGGACUACUCUUUAAGCAUUGAGGAAUUACAGAUAGAACAAAAUUUACAAGUUCUUGAAAACAGUUUUAAGGAUGAAAUUAAUGUUGCUAGCCCUUAUGAAGAAAAUCAAAGGGAGGCUUCUCCCAGGAAUACCCUCUGCACAGAUACUGAUUUAAUUACUCAAGGACAGACCUCAGAAAUAUAUGUCACUGAGUGCAAAGAAGCAGAAAAUCUAGGAGCAACAUGUAGAAUGUUACUGGAGGAAAACAAUGCAAAUUUAGAACAAAAGCUACAGGACAGCACUGAGCCGUUGACAGUAUGUCACACGGAAACACGAGGAGUCUUUUUAGACAGUACUGACACUGUAGGUGUCUCCAAGAAAAAUGCAAGUCAGGAGCCUGACUCUAGCAAGCAAGGAUUGUGCAAUACUACGGCUGAAUCAAUUUGUACUAAGGCAGAUAAAAAAUCAAAUACCAUACAACGCAACAAAAGCAUCCUUACACCUGAAGCACCCAAAACCGAGUCUGAAGUGGUUCUUUGCACUGAGAAGACUGAUGGGUGUGAAAGAAGUACAGAUAAUCAUCAAGCUAAGGAACUAAGUUUUAGCAUCCUGUCUUAUACUAAAGAAAAUGCUCACACAGAAUACCAAAAAUGUAGCUUGCUGGACAGUGACAAUUAUGCAGGUAAUGGAUUACAUAAAACAGAAAAAAACCUGUUAAAUCUGAGUAGUUUACAUAGCGAUAAACUUCCUUUUAAACAGAUACACACAGAUGCUGAAGACAGAAAUUACAAUGACAAUGCCAGAAACACAAACAGAAAUGGUGCGCUGAGGAGUACUGGUGUUGCAGCAACUGAUGCUCAAAAUCUACCAACUGUUUAUUGUGAUAAUGCAAGCGGUGAUGAUGCCACAAAAAAGCACGGUGAUAAUACGUCUCUCUUAGGGAUUUUCAAUUUAUGCCCCCCAAAAACAGAAAGAGGAAUAAAUGUGGAGGAUGCGUGCAGCAAGCAACCUGAACAAGACAGUACUGAACAAAUGGGGAAUGAUACAAAUACAUGUACUUUGAACACUGAAGCCGUAUCUCCAGUAAAGGCUGAUGAUCUUGAAAUAAUUGUUCAUAAAAAAAACCCAGCAGAUAGAAUUAGUACAGAUAAACUAAUUCCAUGUAAAAAAGUUAAUGAUGAUAUUCAGAUACACUCCAUCAAAAAUGGACGUUCCCUGGAGAUUAAUAAUUCAAGAAAUAACACAUUGUUAAAAGAGAAAAAAGACUCGCUGAAUAGUACAGAUCCAGGAAGGAAGUUUGCUGAGGGUCACCUGAAAGAAUCAUGCUCUUUACCCAUGAGAGCAUCUGGAAAUUUAGUAAACGUAAGUGGAAGGUCAUCCUUUGAUCUUUCAACCUCAGAUAAAAAAGCUGAGAAAACUCCAGUAUACUUAAAUUUUUUAGACCUCAGUUCUUGUUCAAGAGUAAAUCAAAUGAGAGGUCAAGCUACAUGGACUUCAGCUUCCAAGGAACUUUCCCUUUUGAAAGAGAAACUACCAUGCUCAGUGGAAAACACAAAGGUUAUUUCAAAAACACAGUGUCAAAAUCUCAGUGAAAAUGUUGACAGAAGAGAAACAGGACUAGGUUCUACCAGUUUUAACAGAGCUGCCGACACUUUGAAUACCUCUAGUAUCCACCGAGACCCCCAGGGAGACCCUAGUGAAGAAUGGAAUGCUACAGCAAAGACUUUUUAUGAUUCUUCUUUUCCCACAGAACAUGUGAAAGAAGGAUUUACUGCUUUACAGCACGAGCAGAAGUCCUCUCCCAUGACUGUAACUCCAGGAAGAAGUGAAAGUGCACCCAGAGAUGAGGACAGCCGUUCUGUUCAUAACUCCAUUAUACAAAACCAAAUAGAAGAAAUUGAGAGAUUCCUGAACUUGGAGAGACUUCAUUCAGCAAGAAAAAGAAAAUAUGAAGAAGGCCAGUGA